UGAAAUUGAUAGAGGCUCACCCUUCACCUUAAAACGCCACUUCGUUUCUGGUUACUCCUCCAAAAGCCCCAAUAAUGGAGUUCUGGUUUCUUCUCAUCCUCUCCCUCUGUCUCUGUGCAGCCCUCAAACAGAUAGUGGAUCUCGUUUCUCACAAGAAAUCCAAUCAAACAAAGCUCUCCCUUCCACCAGGGCCUACGAAAGUACCCAUAAUCGGCAGCUUCCUCUGGCUUAACGGAUCGUCGUUCUCACAAAUUGAGCAAAUCCUCUGCAACCUCCGCCACAAGUAUGGCCCCAUCCUCACCCUCCACAUCGGGUCACGACCAUCGAUCUUCAUCACCAACCACUCCCUUGCACAUCAAGCCCUCAUUGAGAAUGGUGCCAUCUUUGCCGACCGCCCACCGGCUAUCCCCUCCUUUCGCAUCAUCAACAGCAAUCAACACAACAUCAACUCCGCCCGCUAUGGCCCUCUGUGGCGGCUCCUCCGCCGGAAUCUCACCUCCGAGAUCCUCCACCCUUCUCGGGUUAAAUCCUUUGCUCGAGCGCGUAAAUGGGUCUUAGAGAUGUUAACUGAAAGGUUCAAAGAUCAUGUCGAAUCUGGGGAGCCCGUGCGAGUGAUGGAUCAUUUCCAAUACGCCAUGUUUUGUUUGCUGGUCUUCAUGUGCUUGGGAGAAAAACUCGAUGAGAAAGUCAUCAGAGAGAUUGAAGAAACACAGAGGACUAUGCUUGUCAAUGGGGGAAAAUUUAGAGUCUUCGCUUUCUUUGGAAAUUUGGGGAAAGUAAUCUUCAGCAAACGCUGGCAGCAAUUGCUCGAGAUGCGCCGCAGACAAGAAUCUGUUCUCAUUCCUUUAAUCAGAGCCCGCAGAGAGAGGAAGGAGAAGAAACAAGAGAACCCAGAUGAAUUUGUAGUCUCUUAUGUCGAUACACUAUUUGAUCUUCAAAUCCCGGACGAAGGAGGACGAAAUUUCUCCGAGGAAGAAAUGGUGACUAUCUGUUCGGAGUUUCUAAACGCCGGUACCGACACAACAUCUACGGCGUUGCAGUGGAUUAUGGCAAACCUAGUGAAGCACCCAGAAAUCCAAGAAAAGCUCUAUUCUGAAAUUGAAGGAUUUGUUAGUUCAGGAGAAGAGAAGAUCAGAGAAGAGUAUUUGCAGAAGAUCCCAUAUCUGAAGGCAAUAGUGUUGGAAGGGUUGAGGCGACACCCACCAGGGCACUUCGUGCUGCCACAUGCUGUCACGGAAGAUAUUGUGUUGGAUGGACAUGUCAUACCAAAAAAUGCUGCGGUGAAUUUCUUGGUUGCUGAGAUGGGGUGGGACCCAAAAGUUUGGGAAGAUCCGAUGGAAUUCAGGCCAGAAAGAUUCUUGAGUGACAAGGGAGAAGUGUUCGAUAUAACAGGGAGUAGGGAGAUCAAGAUGAUGCCAUUUGGUGCAGGAAGGAGGAUUUGCCCUGGAUUAGGGUUAGCUUUACAUCACUUGGAAUAUUUUGUAGCGAAUUUGGUCAGGGAUUUCAAAUGGACGGCUGUGGAUGGUGAUGAUGUAGACUUGUCAGAGAAGCUAGAGUUCACAGUCGUGAUGAAGAACCCAUUGCGAGCCCACAUAACUCCACGGGUAAAAUAAGAGAUCAUCAUCGUUUGAAGGCGAAACAUUUCCUCCUCCGGGGUAGAAUAUUCACCGUUUUGUCUUCAAGGUUCACAAACCACUAUAAAUUUUACUUAUAAGUAUGCUCUAUGAAAUUGUAACAAUUAUUGUUUUUCUGUAAUAUUUGACCCUUGAAAUCUUUCGUGGUA